AUGACCGCCACUACAGAAAACAGUGAGAAAGGGUUGCCCUUAGAAAAAGCAGAGACAGUAGCCGAGCAGCGAGACUCUGAAACCGAUUUCCGCCUAUGGCAGCAACUCCCCGUCUUCAUUGCAAUGGGCUUAGCCAUCUUCAUUCUAGGACUUUUCGUGUUUGGCAAACUGUACACCAUGUUCCGCGUGAAAUGGCUGCUGGUCGUCUCGGUUGUAAUUCUCGAAAUUGGAUCUAUCGUCUCUGCCGCUGCGCCUAAUUCGGCUGCCUUCAUCGUUGGGCGCGCGAUUGCUGGCUGUGGCGCUUCGGGGGUUCUCAAUGGUGUUCUGAUUGCUGGCUCGCAUACGGUGCCGUUGCGCUGGAGACCGAUCUUCAAUAGUACUGUCGGGGGGCUAGAAUGCAUUGCUAUGAUCGUAGCUCCUGUGAUUGGCGGCGCUCUGACAACCUAUGUUACUUGGAGGUGGUGUUUUUGGCUGAACCUCCCGAUCGGGGGGUUUACUCUAGCCGUACUAAUUUUCGUCUUCAAGCAGCCGCCGAGUCAAAAAGGCGUGGACGAGUCGUUGUUGUCAAAAAUCAAGCAGCUCAACAUCCCAAGUCUGUUCGUCUUUACCGGCAGCAUCGUCUGUUUGCUGCUUGCCCUCCAGUGGGGCGGCACAACGUACCAUUGGAGCAGUGGACAAGUGGUCGCGCCUCUGGUUGUCGCAGGCGUUUCAUUUGCUAUGUUUCUGGCGUACGAGACUCUCCGCAAAGACGAGGCUAUGAUUCCGCGUUCGGUCAUUCUCAAUCGGACGGCAGGGCUGUGUAUGCUCUAUGCAUUUUGCUCUUCCGCGGCGAUUAAUGUGAUUGACUACUUCCUUCCGAUCUGGUUUCCAGCAAUCAAGGGCGCGACGGCCGCCAAAUCGGGGCAAAUGCUGCUCCCCUCAAUCAUUGCGCUCUCCGUGGUGGCCAUAAGCUCGGGCUUCAUCCUCUCCGCAAUCGGGUACUACACACCGCUGAUGUUACUGGGCUCCGCCAUGAUGGCAAUAGGCUUCGGCUUCUUGACCACAUUCCAACCCUCGACCACACAUGCCGCCUGGAUUGGGUGGCAAGUGAUGUUGGGCAUGGGCACUGGGCUGUCGUUCCCACAGCCGUGGUCAGCGACGCAGACAGCGCUCGCAGCAAAAGAUGUGCCCCUCGGACUGGCCGGCGUGGGCUUUGCGAUCAGCUUUGCUGCGGCGGUGUCGAUUUCGGUAUCGCAGAAUGUGUUUACUAAUCUGCUCCGCAAGGGUUUGCAGGCGGGUGCUAUCCCCAAUGUGGAUGCAGGCGAUGUCAUCCAGCAGGGUGCGACGGGCUUCUUACAGCAUAUCGCGGAGAGUGAAAGAGAAUCGGUGCUGGUGAUAUAUAACUCUGCCGUGACAAGCUGCUUCUGGCUGCCCGUCGCGGCCGCCUGUGUGGGGUUUGUUGCAGCCUUGGGAAUGAACUGGAAUUCGGUCAAGGGGAAGGAAAAGGAGGGCGAUGAGGAGGAGAAGAAGGAAACUGGAAGUUCAUAA